AUGCUUGCGGAGGCGCUGCGGGAGUCGAGCGGGUCGGACACGGGCUCUGAGGGCCCGGCACGGCCACUGAAGCGGCACGGCGGGCGGCGGGGCCGCAGCGGCGAGCACGAGGCGGCCAGCGACAAGCGAGCGAAGAUCGAGCCCGCAAACGACUCUGUGAUCGAGGUUUCCGACAGAAGCUCGGUUUCGCCGCAGCCGCCGCAGACAGAAGCUGCCAGCGCCGAGACGAUUAGCGUGGACAGCGACGAGGACGAAUACAGCGAGUUUGACGAGGACUUCGAGGACGUCGAUUUAAGUGGCACGGCCCCAGAUCUCGACCGCGCGAGCCUGUCCGAGGAAAUCACCGUUUCCAUCUCGCGGCCGACGAAGCAGACGCGCAAACAGAACGUUGUGUCGGCCGACGAGCGCUUGUUCCGCAAAACGCUGCAUAUGCUGUAUUUGUUUGCGAUGGUGGCCCACGGCGUCGUGCGCAACGCCUGGUGCAGUUCGCCCGAGGUUUUGCGCGUGCUGCGCGGCCAGGUGCCGGGAAAGCUGCUUGCGGAGGUGGACGCGUACCACGAGCAGCAGCAGCGGCCAGACGUGACCAGUGCGGCCAAGUCGCGCCGUCUGCUGGACCUGCUGCGCCACCUAAUGCAGUACUGGUACCGGAGCUGGACGGUCGAGACGCGCCACCGCGGGCUGUACAGGAAGACGUGGGAGGAGAUUGCGAAGCUGUGGGAGCAGCCGGCCGUUCAGGGCGAGAACGUGACGAAGGCGCAGUUCGUCAGGCGGAUGCAGCAGCGGCGUGGGUCGCGCGACCUGGCGGCGCAGGGCUUUGUGGCGCUGCUGCGUGCGCUCGACAUCAACUGCCGGCUUGUGUUCUCGCUCCAGCCGCCAGACUUUACCAAUCUGGCUGUCCUAGCACCGUCUACCGCUUCCGGUGGCUCCUCCAAAGAAGCCAGCCCUGCUCCCAAAUCCUCGCCGCGCCGACGCAAGGCCGCGUCGCAGCACGAGCGGCUGCUUUCUGCUCUGCGAGUCAACAGGCCCGUGUACACGAAUUUCCGGCCAGAAGCACAGGACGACGUGCAGUACCCUGUUUUCUGGUGCGAGGUUUGGGACAGCGCCAGCAAACGGUUCACCAGCGUCGACCCGAUCGUCCAGCGGUACAUCGAGAACGUCGGGACGCGGUCCAGGUUCGAGUGGCCCAACAACACCACGUACGUGCUGGCCUACGACCGGCUGGGCGGCGUGCGCGACGUCACGCGGCGCUACAGCGUGCACUUCAACGCCAAGACGCGCAAGAAGCGUAUCACGAGAGAUCCGCGCGGCCAGGACUGGUACGACAAGCUUUUGCGCGGUGCCAACUCGUGGCGCCGGCUCGCGAGCAACAAAAUCGACCAGUACGAGCAGGUCGAGUUUGAGCAGCGCUCGCUCAAGGAGGGGAUGCCCAACUCGAUCCAGGACUUCGCGAACCACCCGGUGUAUGUGCUGGAGGAGCAGCUGAAGGCGAACGAGGUGCUGAAGCCCAAGAUCAGCUGCGGAACGGUCCGCAAGAAGACGAAGGCCGGAAAGGCGGGCGAGCUGGUGCCGGUAUAUCGUCGUUCGAACGUGGUCACCGUGCGGUCUGCCAAGGCCUGGUUCUUGCGGGGCAGAGUGCUCAAGAUUGGCGAACAGCCGCUCAAGGUGCGGGAGCAGCGCAAACAGCGGCCCGACGACGACGACGACGACGACGACGUCAGGCUCUAUGGAGAGCACCAGACCGAGAAGUACGUGCCGCCGCCCGUCGUGGACGGCAAGAUCCCGCGCAAUUCGUACGGCAACAUCGACCUGUACCAGCCGUGGAUGCUGCCCGAGGGGACCGCGCACGUUCCUGAGAAGCAGGCCGAGAAGGCCGCGAAAUUGCUCGAAAUCGACUACGUGCCUGCUGCCGUGGGUUUCGAAUUUGGCAGUGGUAGCAGGGGCCGCGGAGCAAGCGUCAGCGUGCGAAUUGCUGGCGUGGUUGUUCUGGCGGAGCACAAGGAGGCUGUCGAGGCGGUGUGCGAAUAUCUGAGGGAGGAGGAAGAGGAGGCAGCGCGGAGACGGCGCGAGGCCGCGGCCCUGCGUGUGUGGGCCGUGGUGCUGGCCAAGCUGCGCAUCUCCAAGCGGCUCGACAGGGAGCACGGGCUGGUGGAGGACUCGGGCGAGGACGCCCCGUCUGAAAGUGAGCACGAGUCUGCGUCAGAGGACGGCCCAGACACAGCAGGGGGGUUUGUUCCGGAAGCCGAUUCUGGCGGAUUUCUGCCCCAGGACACUGUUGCCCCGCCGACGAGCGAUUCAGGGGCCGGGAGCGACAGCAAUUCUGCCGACUACUCCGACUCCGAAGGCUACGAAUUCGAAUAUAGUGAUUAA